UGGGCUCCCCAACCUUAGUUUCUGAGGCGGGAGACCGAAGCCGUGGCCGGCCAACCGGAAAACGCUCCGCAUGCGCUGCUCGAGGGAGCUCAGAUCUCCUCCUUCCCUUCCUCCCGUCCCGAGGCAUAUCCAAGGAGCCCUUUCCUUUUCGCUAUUGCUGAGCGUCCCCCACUGGGCACCACCAUGGUAGACAGAGGUCCCCUGCUGACAUCCGCUAUCAUCUUCUACCUGUCCAUCGGGGCAGCUAUUUUUGAAGUCCUCGAGGAACCUUACUGGAGAGCAGCGUCGGAUGAGUACAAAUCCAAGAAAACGCAGCUCCUAAAAGAGUUUCCCUGCCUAGGCCAGGAGGGGCUGGAUAGGAUCUUAAAGGUUGUGUCAGAAGCUGAUGGGCAAGGGAUCUCGAUUGAUGGCAAUGACACUUUCAACUACUGGAACUGGCCGAAUGCUGUCAUCUUUGCUGCUACUGUGAUUACAACCAUUGGAUAUGGAAAUGUUGCUCCUAAGACUCCAUCUGGGCGGCUUUUCUGUAUAUUCUAUGGACUCUUUGGUGUUCCUCUCUGCUUAACGUGGAUCAGUGCUUUGGGCAAGUUUUUUGGUGGACGUGCCAAGAGGCUGGGUCAAUUCCUGACAAAGAGAGGAGUAAGCCUGAGAAAAGCACAAAUUACAUGCACAGCGAUUUUCAUCAUCUGGGGAGUCCUAGUCCAUCUAGUCAUUCCACCCUUUGUCUUUAUGGCGACUGAAGGCUGGACUUAUAUUGACGGGCUAUACUUCUCAUUCAUCACUAUUACCACCAUAGGAUUUGGAGACUUUGUUGCUGGUGUGAAUCCAAGUGUCAAUUACCAUUCCCUGUACAGAUACUUUGUGGAGCUCUGGAUAUACCUGGGCCUAGCUUGGCUUUCUCUCUUUGUUAAUUGGAAAGUCAGUAUGUUUGUAGAGGUUCACAAAGCAAUCAAGAAACGAAGGAAAAAAAGGAAGGAGUCUUUUGAAAAUCACCCUCCUACCAAAAAAGCUCUUCAAAUCUCUAACACGAAAGAUGUGAACAUUUUCAGCUUCCUUUCCAAGAAGGAAGAGACCUACAAUGAUCUCAUCAAACAGAUUGGGAAGAAGGCUCUGAAAACAAACAAUGACCGAAACCUAAAAGCAGAGCAAGCUAUACCAGCCAUGCAGCGUGGCAGCACAGAUAUGAAGGUGAUGUACACAAAGAACAAGUUAUUUGACUACGAUGAAGUGUCUCUGAAUCUCCAAAAUUGUCAUGUCAUGAGGCAUCUGACUGACAAGCAUGUUGGGAAUAGCCCAGUCGAGGGAUCUGUGUUUGUAAAUCAACUAGACCGGAUCAGCGAGGAAGAAGGAGAAGCAUGGGAUUCCAGGGAUUAUCGACCCUUGAUCUUUGAAAAUGCCAAUAUAACAUUUGUAAAUGAGGAUGAUGAUGAUGAUGAUGAUGAUGAAGAGGAGGAUCUUUCAGAUGAUGAAGAAACAUCAAAGUCUUCUAUGGAUGACAAUCUUGCAGAGGAACCUGAGAGUCCUAAAACACUGGUGAAAUUUCCAUCCUCUGAUGAGUCUACCUUUACCAGUAAUGAACUAGAGGUAUCUGUACCUUACGAGCAGCUAAUGAAUGAGUACAACACAGUGAAUAAUUCAAAAGCGGCAACGUGA